AUGGCGCUGCCCGGCGGACCCGGCUGGGCACAGGGCGGGCGGCAGUGCCGGCUCCGCCGCGUCCGCGCUCGGGUUCCCUCCCGGUGCCGUGCUCGUGGCCGGCCGGGGCGCUGGCCGUGCCGUGGGGGCUGGAGGCGUCUGCGGGGAAUCGCUCCGCGGGUGCUGGCCGGGCUGUCACGGGACUCGUCCCUGCGCGGGGCCUGGGCCUUGGGCCUUGGGCCGGCCCGCGGGGAGCCCGGGGGUCCGUCCCGGGGCUCCGUCCCGUCCCGCGGCCCCUCGCGCGUGUUCCGCGGGGCUCGCCCGUGCGUUCCCGUGUCGGGGUGUUUGUUUCUUCUCCUGUGCUGGUGCCGUCACCGUGGUGGGGGCCCUGCUCGCGGUGUCCCCAGGGCGUCCCCGCGGUGUCCCCAGGGUGUCCCAGGGUGUCCCCGCGGUGUCCCGGCCGUGUCCCCGCCGUGUCCCCAGCUCGGCCGUUGUGUGUCGUGUGGUGAAUCGUGUGAAGUCGCGUUGCUCUCCGGGUGGGGGGCAGGCCUGCCCCUGUCCCGGCGGGGCGGCCCCGGCUCUCGGGCGGUAUUUAUUGCUACGUUAUGGCGGGCGGUAUUUAUUGUGUACAUAGUGUCCGCCGCGCCGCGGGUGUUCGUGACAAUAAAGCGCUUUCAAACAGCCGCCUGGCGCUUCCUUGGGCCGCGGGGGGGCGCUGCUGCACGCGGGGCGGGGGCGCCGGAAAUGGCGCUCCGCCGCUCUCGCCGGCCGGCGGAAGCGGCGCUGCCGCGCGGCUCCCGGCAGCGGAAGCGCGGCGCUUCCGGGGCGAUGGCGGCGGGCGGCAGCCUGAGCCGCUCGGAGCGGAAGGCGGCGGCGCGCGCCGAGAUCCUGCAGCAGGAGGAGCAGCGGGACCGGCGGAGACAGGUGUCCCGCAUCUGGAGGAAGCCGCCGGCGGAGCGGAGCCCCGAGGAGUGCCAGGUGCUGGGCGAGAGCGACGACAUCGUCCGGGAGCUGGAGCGGCGCCGCCACCGGCGGGAGCGGCUGCGCCGGCGGCAGGAGGAGGUGUGUGACGAGCCCGAGGAGUUACAGAGAAAGGUGUCGGAGCUGGCGGCUGCCGUGCGGAACGCCAGGCACCUCGUCAUCUACACGGGCGCCGGGAUCAGCACGGCAGCUUCAAUCCCGGACUACAGAGGUCCUAAUGGCAUCUGGACCUUGAUGCAGAAGGGCAGGAGCGUCAGGGCUACAGACCUGAGUGAGGCGGAGCCCACGCUCACCCACAUGAGCAUCGCCUGCCUGCACAAGCACAACCUGGUGCAGCACGUGGUGUCUCAAAACUGUGAUGGGCUGCACCUGCGGAGCGGGUUACCCCGAGCAGCGAUAUCUGAGCUCCACGGGAACAUGUACAUAGAGGUCUGCACUUCGUGUACGCCCAACAGAGAGUACGUGCGGGUGUUUGACGUGACGGAGCGCACGGCCCUGCACAGGCAUCACACGGGCAGGAUGUGCCACAAGUGUGGGGCACAGUUGAGAGACACAAUCGUCCACUUUGGGGAGAAGGGGACGUUGAGGCAGCCCCUGAACUGGGAAGCAGCAACAGAAGCUGCAAGCAAAGCAGAUGUGAUUCUUUGUCUGGGUUCCAGCUUAAAGGUGCUGAAAAAGUACCCGCGUCUGUGGUGCAUGAGCAAGCCGCCCCCGCGUCGUCCCAGGCUCUACAUCGUGAACCUGCAGGUGAGACGGGGCGCGGGGCGGGGGCCGGGGUCUGGCAGGACGGUGACCCCGGCCGCGCUGUCCCCGCAGUGGACGCCCAAGGACGACCUGGCUGCGCUGAAGCUGCACGGCCGCUGCGACGACGUGAUGCGGCUGCUGAUGGCAGAGCUGGGGCUGGAGAUCCCGCGCUACGACCGGGCGCGGGACCCCAUCUUCGCGCUGGCCGAGCCGCUGCGGCCCGGGGAGGAGGACACGCACUCGCGGAAGCCGGUGGCGCCGCCGCCGGGCGCGGAGCCGCCGCGGGAGGAGCCGCCGGAGCAGCCGCCGCCCGCCCAGCCCGGCGGGUGGUUGGGCCGCGGCUGCGCCAAGGGCGCCCGGCGGCGGAAGAGCCACUGAGCGGGCGGGGCCGGCGCAAGAUGGCGGCGGGGGCGGGCGGGGCGGCGGGGGCGG